AUGUUGUACACCAUCGAGAGAGACAGAAUGCUGAAGGUGUACUUCAUCUGCACUCUGAUGAUUUUCGUUGCCGUGUCCUUGGUGCAGAUGCUUUCCUUCAACAUGACUGCUGCUGGAUUCAUCACGAUUGCUGCGUGCGGCCUGAUCAUCUCGUCUACCUGCUACAUCGUAUUUUGCAUUGACUUUAAGCACACCACGCCCCGGCUGAAGCGCUGCGCGGUGCGGAUCCACAACAACCGCACUCUUGCGCAGGUGCUGUCGUUCAUUGUCGUCACCGCUUUCAUUGUCCAAAUCCAAGUUAUCAUGGUGCUGGGCUUGUACAGCGGUGCCCAAAUGGACCCGGAAUUCAUUCAGCAAUUAAUGGAAUUCGAUGGGUUCUGCCCAUUCAGCAUGAACGAGCACUACCUACAACUGACGCUGCUGGUGAUGUUCCUGUGUGCUGUACACCAAAUUCUGAUCACAAUGAUGAAGACGCUCCUCCUGGUCAUCAUCUCAACCACGUACAUUCUGGUGACCACGCAGGAGCACUUGUAUCUCACCCACUUCUUCCUCGAGCCGCAGCAAAAAUGCGGACUGGAUUGGAAUCAGCAGUGGAUGAACAUCGUCAUUGCGGUUGGUGCUACUGUUGCUCUGAUCCUGCACUCACAGCAAACUGAGAGCACCUACCGAUUGGACUUCAUCUGGAAACUACAGGCUAACGAUGAGAAGGAGGAGAUGGAACAUCUAGAGGCAUAUAAUCGCAAACUGCUCGCGAAUAUCCUGCCAGAGCACGUCGCGCAACACUUCCUCUGCAGCGACAAGAAUAUCGAUGAGCUGUACCACGAGCAAUGCGAAUCGGUUUGCGUUAUGUUCGCCUCGAUCCCGAACUUCUCCGAAUUCUACGUGGAACUGGAGGGCAAUAAUGAGGGAGUGGAGUGCCUCCGUCUCCUCAAUGAAAUCAUCGCCGACUUCGACGAGAUUCUCGCCGAGGAGCAGUUCAGAUACAUCGAGAAGAUCAAGAGCACUGGCGCUACGUAUAUGGCUGCAUCUGGCCUGACGGUUUCGACCAGCGAUCUCCGCGGCUACCGCCACGUGACCGCGAUGGCUGACUACGCUCUCCGACUUCGUGAGCAGCUUCAGUAUGUCAACGAGCACUCGUUUAACAGCUUCCAUAUCAGGAUCGGCAUUAACAUCGGCCCGGUGGUAGCGGGCGUGAUUGGCGCUCGCAAGCCACAGUAUGACAUCUGGGGCAACGCGGUCAACGUUGCGUCGCGAAUGGACUCUACUGGCGUACUGGACCACAUCCAGGUGACUCAAGAGGUGUAUGAAAUCUUGGCGAGCCGUGGCUACAAACUGCGAUGCAGAGGCACGGUUGACGUCAAGGGCAAGGGCAACAUGGUUACCUACUUCCUGGAGGGAGUUGGUGAGACCGUCCCCCCUGGAUGCAUGGAUAUUUACAGCAACCCCACACCAUCGACAUCUGGACAGAGUGGAAGCGGAGGGGGCGGUGGCGGUCGCCCCGACCACCACCCACUGGAGACGCUGUCGGAGGGAUGCACCGAUGAAGACGGUCCGUCACCGCGAGCGUCCAUUCCACGAGAGAACCAAAACGGCUCAAUGAGCCCACGUAUGCACAAUGGAUCGGCGUCGCGCGAGAGCCUCCCCAGCGAGGUUCACGCUCGCGCGCUGAAGCGCCUGGAGCGCCCGCAGUCCCUGGCCGACGAGCCCAACCUGGCCACCAUCAUCUCGAUGAUCAACUCCCGCGCGUAUUCCAGCAACUUCGACCGAACAGACAGGAACUCCUCUCUCAGGAAUGUCAAGCGCACUGUCGUUGAGUCCCACAGCAGCGGUGAGAUCGAGGAGCUUCUAGAGGGCCGCGCCCCGCGCCGCGCUGCCAGCCUUGCCGACUUCCUUUUCAGGAGGAAGCAACCGCGAAACGACGUCGCCUCUGUCAACAUCAUCGCCAACCCAAUGAACGUCGUUUACGAUGCUGAGAACCCCGCCUCACUCGAUGAGACGUUUAUUAACUAAGUCAACAUCUUUACCCGAUGUCGAGAUCCCAACUUCGCUAUUAUCUCGACCGACUCAAAAUGCAUGUCUUAAGUAUCGGCAUCCAAACAUUGCGUCUAUCAUUACGUCAUGAAUUGUUCUUUUUUCUACUUUACUAAACAGAUAGAUCUAAGAUUGACGGAAUAAUAUGUAUAAUUUUUGCAGAUUCAUUGUUCUGCAAUGUGGAUACUUCGGAAAUGCGUUUUCAAAUAACACUGGAUUUGACAUUUUUUCUCCUGGAAAUGACACAAGAGACAGCGGCAAUGUUCGACUGCUGACUCGUCCGACGGGUUGUUAACCUUUCAUCUGGAUCUGCCCACCGAUUGACUUUUUGAGAGAUUGAGCUUCACCAGACUUUGCCUUUUCAUGAAUCUGACGUAGUUUUCUCGGAUUAUACACAUACGAAUUUACUGAUAUUAGUUCUAAAGUAUGAAUGGAUAGAUUAAAGGUUGUGAUACCGCGGGUUGACAGUCCCGAUGACAUUGUCAAUUGGGUGCUUAGAGAAAUGAAAGCGUAUAAUAAGGUAAGUAGAUGAGAUUGUAUUUAAUCGGAUGCGGUGAAUGAAUUACAUUAAAAUUUCUUUUAGCCGGCUAAACCAAAUAGGACAAUCACUCUGACUUGACAUUUUAAUUUAGGAAUUAAUCUUAACCACAUAAAUAAUAUCAUUAAGAUUUAAAAUUAGGUUAAUUAUCAAUAAUAUUUUAUCAAUUUUCGUAGAGCUUAUAAUAGCUAUUAGUAAUAUAACACUGAUCCAAAUACCAACCAUCAUCUUAGCCACUGCUGUCAAAUGAUUAGCAACAAUUUGAACAUUCUCCACAAGAGCUAGUUAAACUGCGUACCUUUCACUAACCACACCCUUGCGAUGUUUGUAUUUUUUCAUUACAUCCCUUCGUUUUUGUAGGAGAAACAAUUGUUUCAUUAGGAUUAAAAAUUGUGUCUCUAAGGCACGCUCGGCAAGCAAAAAUACGUCAAAAUUUUUCACCCCGUUUUGUUCUAUUGUAAUAAUUACUUCGAGAU